AUGGUUUGGAAGGCGCACGGUGAUGCCACUGAAAUUGCUAUCCAGGUGUUUACCACGAGAUUGGACUAUGGGCGUGAAUCGCUCGUGCACAACUACGAGCACCUUGCUGAGUUCCCAUUUGACUCGUCCAUCAAGAGGAUGUCUGCCGUGUACAAGGACAAACACGAGACCAGGGUGUACACCAAGGGUGCUGUUGAGAGAGUUUUGGGCUUGUGUGACUACUGGUAUGGUGAACGUACCGAAGGUUCCUACGAUUCACAAAAAUUAGUUAAAUUGACUGACGAUGACAUCAAAUUGAUUGAAGAAAAUAUGGCUGCUUUGUCUUCCCAAGGGUUGAGGGUGUUGGCGUUUGCUACUAAGGAACUUGGGUCCAGUGAUAUUUCUGAACGUGAGCAAGUGGAGUCGCACUUGACCUUCCAAGGGUUGAUUGGUAUCUACGAUCCUCCAAGAGAGGAGACUGCUGGUUCUGUCAAGUUGUGCCACGGUGCUGGUAUCAAUGUGCACAUGCUUACUGGUGACCACCCGGGCACCGCCAAGGCCAUUGCACAAGAGGUGGGUAUCUUGCCGAGAAACUUGUACCACUACAGCGACGACAUUGUGAAGGUGAUGGUGAUGACUGCGAACGAGUUUGACGCCUUGUCUGACGAGGAGAUCGACAACUUGCCUGUGUUGCCGUUGGUGAUUGCGCGUUGUGCGCCAAAGACCAAAGUCAGAAUGAUCGAGGCCUUGCACAGACGGAAGAAGUUUGCUGCCAUGACUGGUGACGGUGUGAACGACUCCCCGUCGUUGAAGAAGGCCGAUGUUGGUAUUGCCAUGGGUAUGAACGGGUCUGAUGUUGCCAAGGACGCCUCUGACAUUGUUCUUACGGACGAUAACUUUGCCUCCAUCUUGAAUGCCAUUGAGGAGGGCCGUCGUAUGUCGUCCAACAUCCAGAAGUUUGUGUUGCAGUUGCUUGCUGAGAAUGUUGCCCAAGCUCUUUACUUGAUGUGUGGUCUUGCGUUCAUAGACAACACAGGCUUCUCUGUGUUCCCUUUGUCGCCUGUUUCUUGUCUAUUCGUUAUUGUUGUAACCUCAAUUUUACCGGCCCUUGGGUUGGGAAUGUGUCCUGCUGAUGAUGAGGUGUUGGAGAGACCACCGAAUAGCAUGAUUUUCACUUGGGAGGUGAUUCUUGAUAUGUUUGUGUACGGCACGCUAGUCGCGUGCGCGUGCAUGUUGUGUUUCACAAUUGUGGUCUACGGAAAAGGCAAUGGAGACUUGGGCCACGGCUGUAACAAGAUGAACGCUAAUAUCGAUGCUUGUGGGUUGGUGUUUGAAGGCAGAGCCUCUGCCUUCGUGGUCUUAACAUGGGGUGCAUUGAUUUUGGCCUUGGAGUGUCUCCAUCCGACUAAAUCUUUUUUCAACAUGCGUGUCUCCGAUAGACCAUGGUACACACAAACCGUGCUUGGUCUUUGGGAGAACAAGGUCCUUUUCUGGUCCAUUGUGUUUGGUAUUGCUGCUGUGUUCCCUGUUAUCUACAUCCCGGUGAUCAACACCAAGGUGUUCUUGCACAAGCUGAUUGGCUGGGAAUGGGGACUCUCCAUUGCUUGUACCGUCUUCUUCUGGAUCACUGCCGAAGCCUGGAAGUGGGCUAAGCGUAUCUACAUCAGAAGAAAAGCUGCAAACAAUGGUGAUGGUAAAGAGAAUGUCCUCAAUGAAAACGAUCCAUUCCUGAAGUAUGCUUCAUUUAGUAGAGACAACACCAUGGUUGUUUGA